AUGGGGCGAGCGCUCGGCAUCCUCGGCUGCUGCCUGGCGUUGGCGCUGCCCGCGGCCCCUCGGGGCUCCGCGCUCCGCCCGCGCCGGCAGCCGCGCCCCGGCGGCCCCUCUGCAGACACCACCUGCAAGAACCGGCCCCUGGACCUGGUCUUCAUUGUAGACAGCUCCCGUAGUGUCCGACCUGAAGAGUUCGAGAAAGUGAAAAUGUUUCUGUCAGAAAUGAUUGAUACCCUGGAUGUUGGGGAAAGGACGACGCGUGUGGCGGUCAUGAAUUACGCGAGCACUGUCAAGGUGGAGUUCCCCCUCCGGACCUAUUUCGACAAAGCCUCUCUGAAGGAGGCUGUGUCUCACCUUGAGCCCUUGUCUGCUGGCACCAUGACUGGCCUUGCCAUCCAGACUGCUAUGGAUGAAGUCUUCACUGAGGAAAUGGGCACCCGGCCAGCAACCCUCAACAUCCCCAAGGUGGUCAUUGUUGUGACAGACGGACGGCCACAAGACCAGGUCCAAGAGGUGGCAGCGAGUGCCCGGACAGCUGGCAUUGAGAUCUACGCGGUUGGGGUGGACCGGGCAGACAUGCAGUCCCUGAGGAUAAUGGCCAGUGAGCCACUGGAUGAACAUGUCUUCUAUGUGGAGACCUAUGGUGUGAUUGAAAAGCUGACAUCGAAAUUCAGAGAGACUUUCUGUGCUGUGAAUGCGUGUGCCCUCGGGAUCCAUGACUGCAAGCAGUUCUGUGUGAGGAAUGGCAGAUCCUACCUCUGUGAUUGCUAUGAAGGCUACACUCUGAAUCCAGAUAAGAGAACCUGCUCAGCUGUGGACACGUGUGCACCGGGAAGGCACGAGUGUGAUCAGAUCUGUGUGAGUAACAACGGAUCCUAUGUCUGUGACUGCCAUGAAGGCUACACCUUGAAUCCAGACAAGAAGACUUGCUCAGCCAUGGAUAUGUGUGCACCUGGAAGGCAUGACUGUGCACAAGUCUGUCUGAGUACCGAUGGAUCCUACAGCUGUGGCUGCUAUGAAGGAUACACUCUGAAUCCAGACAAGAAGACUUGCUCAGCUGUUGACGUGUGUGCACCUGGAAGGCACGACUGUGAGCAGGUCUGUGUGAGAGAUGAUCUGUUCUUCUCCUGUGACUGCUACCAAGGCUACACCCUCAACCCAGACAAGAAGACUUGCUCAAGAGCCAUAACGAGCAGUCUCGUAACAACUGAAGAGUCCUGUAAGUGUGAGGCCAUAGCUGCCCUCCAGGACUCGGUCACCUCGCGCCUUGAAGCUCUGUCCACAAAAUUAGAUGAAGUGUCUGAGAAGCUGCGGGCGUAUCAAGACAGACAGCAGGUUGUCUGAGUUAUCCUUCUGCUUGAUUUUAAAAUAAUCUUUCAGAAUCAAAACUUUUUGUAGUUUUUUUGCUUUACUUUGUUGCACAGCUUACAAAACAGGAGUUGGUUUGUUAUUAUUGACAAGUGCCAAGUAGACUUCAUGAAGAAAACAGUCUUGAAAAUACAGUGACCCUGAGGAUCUUCAUGUACAGUCACUUCAUAGCCAUAACACUACACCUGCUGUGCUUCAGUUCGUACUGCAAGUAGUGCAGCAGAUACUGCUUUUCUGCAAUAACUGCAUUUUUUAUUCUCUUACUUCAAAGUAAAUACAGAAAAAAAUGAAUGGAUACAGUAUAUCACAUUAUAUAAAACUGUGAAAUGGCAAGACAGAGAGAAAAAAAUGUGCCUAUGUCUUCUGUCUGUUAAAUGGGAAAGUAAGUUGGGAUCUU